GCGCUGAGAUCGCGUAUGUAUCUAUAAAUGAAUCUGCGCAUGCUUAAGGUAAAUGGAAAAUGUCAAACAAGUCGAGUGUUGAUUUUGACAUGUUUCUAUAUCCUCCUUGUGUACAUAGCUGUUUAGCCGUAUACGUUAAUUUUUAUAUAUAAAGACUAAUUAAUUAGAAAUUAUUAAUUAUUGCGAAGAAUCUUUUUUCGUUCGACACUCACAAGUGGAUUUCAAUACGUUUAUUAUUGUUAAUCGUAAUUAUCAUUUCUCAUUGUACAUAUAUAAAAGUUAUUAUUAGAGAUAACUCGAAAACAUAUAACUUUAAUACUUUGGUAUCUCUAUUGAGGGAGGAGAUUAUAAAUAUAUUUUUAUUUAUAUAAGACAAGAGAUGUGUGUGAAAUAAUGAUAUCAUAUACUUCGUUUGAUUAUUUGCAACAAGGUCCUUUGAAAAGAAAGGAUUUAUUUACUUUCUAAUUAUGUCUCGAAAGAUUAUAUCAGCGAAGUAAACAUGGUGCGAGUUAUAACAGUACAUAAUUUUUUGGGACAAAAUGUUACCCAAAUCGAGGAACCAACUGCAACAUGCGUUGCAAAUACUAAUGGACGAGAAAUGUUAUUGCUAGCUCUUUCAACACAUUGUGUUGAAGUAUGGGAGCUAAUGCCAUCUGAUAUAAAAUUGCAUACAAUAUUUCCAACUGUUGAUAUGAUUAAUCAAAUAUUACAUUGUUCUAAAGGAGAUUAUGUUGUGACAUUAGAAUCAAAAUAUUCUAGGGACAAUAUAAGUAAUAACCAUGGGAACAAAGUUACCAAUAAUUUUGUAAGAAUAUAUGUAAAUUGGGCAGUAGUAAAAGAUCAAAGUCAACCGAUGAGAGCUAGAAUUGCAGGCCGUGUAACUCCUAGUUUAAAUCGACCAUUGAAUAGUUUGGAAAUGAUAGAAUUGCCUUUGAGCGUACAACCAACAUUAAUAGCUUGCUGUCAAAGUACUGGAAAUUUAUUAGUUGCUUCGGGAGGUACCGCUAUACUUCACGAAUAUAAAGUUGAAACACAACAAUUAUCUAAAUUGAAAUUUAUAGAUUUUGAGGCAAGGCCUUGGUCUUUAGGAUUCUCAUUUUCACCUAUGCGUAUGGAAAUAGCGGAAGAUUUUAUAAUUAUUAUGGAUAGUACCAAUUUAUGCGUUUUUCGAUUAACCAAUUCUAUGUAUGAAGAUAUAGAUCAACUUAGCUCAUUAACGUCUACUAAUGAAUCAUCAUCAAUCGACAAGACUUCAAUAUCUAAUGACUCAUCGCUUAUAGAUAAUAAUCAUACGUCUAGUAAUCAGGACCAAGAAACAAUUGCUCAAGGAACAAAUUUGAAGCACAAAGCUUCAGAACAGCAUCUUACGCUAGAGAAUAAUGAUGCAUCAAGUACAAAGAGUAAAAAUAAAAAGAACGUAACGCCAAAGAUAAAUGCAUGGUGCAAAUCAGAGACAACAGAUAUCAAGAAAAUAAAAUCAAAAAAAAAUAAUGAACUUAUCGACUGGGAUCAUUUGAUAUAUAAUGAAAAAGAAGAAUUACAAAGAUUAGUUGGUCAAGAAAUAAUCGAUACAAAUUCACAACCGUUGACUAUAAAUUUUCCAUCUAUAAGUUUGGAAAGAAUCGGUCCUGGACAUACUCUUAGUCCUUUCACUUUAAAUCCACCGGAUAUGAAGAUUUUUAUCAAAACUAAUUCGCCUGAUUCUGGUUGGUCUGAAAAUUAUACUGUAAAAAAUUUACUAUCUCUCAGAAUCGCUAUCGCUAAUAACAAAUCAGAAGUAGAUAGAAACAUGGAGUAUUUCAAAUGCUCGGUAUUAAAACCAUUAUAUAUGAGAAAAGAAUGUAAUGGGUCUUGCAUAAAGAAGUCAAUUUUAAGAUCUGAUAAAUACAAAUACUUGCAAGGUGUAAGUUGCUUUGUAUGUACAAUACAAGAAGGAUAUCUUUAUCAUUUUUCAGCAACGAGUGCUAAUCCUUUAGACGCAACUUGUUUAACAACUUAUCCAUUUACCGCACCCGUUAAUCACGUUGCACUCGAGCAUACGGUACUUCAUGCAUUGACUGACGUUGGUUUAGAAUCUUACACAUUACGCUUAUCUCAUUAUGUAGCAAAAAUGUUAAAUGAUAUUGAUCAAUAUAAAGUGACCUGUCCAAAUAUCACAGAACCCGUAUGUCUGAUAGGAUUGAGACCAUUUUUGGGUAUACAAAAGCUAUUGCACACAAAAAGUUAUUUAGUUUUAUUAGCUAAAGCUGACAACUCUUGGACAUUAUAUUCAUUAAUCCUACCUAAGCUGGAGACUGUAUAUUAUGAUAUUCUAAAUGCUGCAAGAAGCCAUAAAUCAUCGAGUCCAAGUACAUAUAGACAUUUAUUGGGUGAGGCUCACGCAUUAAUACGCUUAGCUAAAGAUAGUUCUUACUGUGGUUUUGAUAAUGAUGACGAUGAUGCUGCACACAGAAAUUGGUUGAAAUUAAAAAAUUUGUACAAUCAAUCUUGUGCAUUAUUGGGAGAUUAUUAUAUACGUUCAGAAUAUGAAUCAGAUUGGGAACUGUGCAUACCUUAUUACAAGAUGUCAGGCUUAAAACCUUCUGAAGUGUUAUCGAGGAAGUCAACUCAGGAUGCACCGGGUCUUAUAAUAUUUUUAACUGACAUUCUGUUGAUAAUGAGAUGUGGCACCGAAGCUGAUACUCUAUUUCAAGGACACAAUAUUAUAGAGAUCAUCUGCAGAUUGAAAAAGCAGGAAUUAUUGAAAUUAAUUUUUGGAAGUGUGGUACUGAGAGAUUACAUGACAGAUAAGUUAAUAAAUUUACUAUUAUCAUAUGAGAUAUGCGAUCCAAUUCGUCUUGCAUUAGCAUUGCUGUAUGUACAAAAUCAAAAACAAGAUCAUGCCGAAGAAAUCCUAGAACAUGUUUCUGUACAAUGCAUUAAAAAAAUGAUUUUGGAACACUGGGAUUUAUUAUUUGAGAUGACAGCGGUAAAGAAAAGAAGUACUCUAGUCCCUACAUUUUCAGAUUUUGCUGGAAUGUUGUUGCAUAAGAAAACCAUUGCAUUUGCUGAGGUACUUAUACAAAUAAUAGAAGAAGAUAACAAUGGUUUAUCUUUGCAUCAAAUCUUACAAGCCUUUUUAGAGUAUCUACCUUCUCGCGUUGGAAGAGAUGGUCACAAUGCUGCAGCAGCCUUACAAAUUUUUAUAGAAAAAUAUUUCCAUAAUUAUUUUAACGUUAAAUCGAUGAUCGAUCUAUCUAACAUAAAUAGAAAUAAAAUACGUUCCGAUUUUGCUAUGGUAGAAGCAUUUAAAUUAUUAGUACGUUCAUACUUGGGUAAAUUGACGCAAACAAAAAUGUACAAUAUCGAAGGCAAGGAACAUAAAGACAAUAUCGACAGAGAUUUUAUAUUUGCAAAAUGCAGGCCACAGUACUUAAAUAAAAUGCCUCCAUAUGCAAAGGAUUAUCAGGCUAUUUUAACUACCAAUGAUUUCAAAGAUUUCAUAAAUAUGACUGCAAUGUCUGAUAUAGGGAAAACCAUUCAUCCUGAAUUGUUCAAAUUACAAUGUGUGCUAUCAUAUGAAUUUAUACCUCUUGAAUGUUUACAGGAAGUAAAACAAUUUCUUGAAUCUCAAAAUAUUGAUGGCAGUUUAUCACUUAAGACUUUAUAUAUACAAGAUACUGAAGAAGUAACAUUAAUUUUAAUAGAUAAUUGUCCUCAAGCAAUUUUACAAUAUGCAAAGGAUAAAUACACAAAAGAAGUAGAGUGGAAAUAUCUUAUCGAGUUAUUACAGAGUAGAAUUUCUGCAUUUACUGAACAAACAGAAUUACAUUGCUUAUACAGCGAAAUCAUGAAGGAAACUUUACAUCAUUUACCGCACGUUUUACCUUUGAAAAGUCUACAUCAUAUUUUACCAAAAGAUAAUGCGAUGGCUUUUCAAAAAUGUACUGAAAUGUGUACUCAGAUUAUGCAUGCAGAUCAUGUGAAAUCAUUAAUAAUAGAAACUAGCCAACAAUUAUUAUCAACUUUGAAGUUGUAAAAUCAUCUUAGGUAAUUUUACUUGUGAAUCACAUAUAGAGAGACAAAUAAAUUUGAGGAGGUAUAUAACAAUUAUUAAAGGAAUUAGAAAGUUAUAUAUGAAAUUACAUAAAUAUAAUAAAGUACACCUAUUUCAAAGAAAGGAAUAGAAAUCAAAUAUAUCCGAUUGAAAAAUACAUCCUAUAACAUGUAUGUAUUACAUACUGCUAUUAAAAAAAAAAAAAAAAAAUAUAUAUAUAUAUAUAUAUUUUUUUUUAUCCGUAUAGUUCUGUCUUUAUAUUUACUUUGAUAAUAAUUUUUUUUUAUUUCGACAAUUGCCAAAUUCGAGUUAUUUGUUUGUUCCUGUUAGAUUUUACUACAUUUUAAAAUAAUUUACUGUGAUAUUAAUUUCGAUAAAUUGUUAUCUUAUAUUAAUUCGGCAUUAUUAAUAUAUAAAAAUUAAUUAGUAUAAUAUUAUUUCAAUUUCAAACGAAUGUACUUUCCAACAACAGCAUCCUAUUUUUCGUCAAAUAUUUGAAAGGUAUAUCUAUAUCAAAACGUGUUGAGCAUAUCCUUUGAUUUAUGGAAUGUUAUAAAUUAAUUGAAAUGAAUUAAAAGAAAAAAGAAAAAAAAAGGAGAAUAUAUAAAUAAAAAAUUAUGAUAUAAUCGAUUGUUGCAAUGUUCUAUAUAGAGAGAUCUAUUGUAGUUUACAUUUAAAUAUAUACUGUUCUGAAGCAAAUAGGAUAAACAAAUUCUUAUUCUUAAAAAUAAUGUAUUUGAUUAAAAAAUUUGAUAAAAUGAAAUCUCUUACAUUGAGUAUGUGUCUUGUAAUUUUGAUAUAUUUCAUUUGUAAGAAUUCUGCUAAAAACUAUAUUUAUGCAUGUGUAAUAAAAUAGUAUAUGGUAUACACAAUAAUAUUCAGAUAAUACAAGAUUUUUGCAUAUUUUACAUUGUUAAAGUAAAACUGAGUUAUGUCUUACUAUUUCUGUAAAUUUUUUUAUCUAAUAAUUCUUAACUUCUCUAUCUGUAUAUGAUAGUAAAUGAUCAUUAAUAACUAUUUAUGAGUGCGUAACAUAACUAUUUAUACACAUAGAUUUGCGAUUGUAAUUCUCCUGCUGAUAUAUGUCAAGAAUUUUUAGAUACACGUGAUUUUAUAUACAUAUAUACACACACAUAUAUAUGUGUGUAUAUAUAUAUAUAUAUAUAUAUAUAUAUAUAUAUUACUCGACCCUCUUAUGAACAAAGGUCAUUAAAAAAAAACGUCAUUAAUUUAUUUCAUAAGCAAAAACAAAGCAUGAAUAUCUUGAAAUGAAAACGAUAGAUUUUUUUUUUAUAUUAAACACAUGAAUCGAUUGAUAUUAAAUACGAGUAUAACAUUAAAUACUACAUAUUUCGUUUAAUUUAUAUUAUAACUAUCGAUUUUUUUUUAUACUUGUAUUAUAGAAUUUUGAUAUCCUAUUUGCUAUAGGGAAAAUAAUAUGUAUUAUAGAAGUAGUAAACUUCGUUAAAAUAAUUAUUUUUUAUUAAAUUUAUUAAUUCUACAGAACCUAGUGUUCCACGAUUAAUAUUUGUAUUAUAAAAUAUGUAACUCUUUUUGAUGUGCCUUUAGGAAUAAUUUUUCUUUGUUAUAAAUCCAAUAUAAUUGCGUUAGAGUUCUGAAAUAUUUAUAAAUCAUUAUUGUCAAAAAUAUAUAAAUACAAAUUUUAAUCAUAUACCACAAAACUUUAGGAUUCAUUUAACAAUCUAUAUCCAUGUCCCUAUUUUUUUUUUUAUUAAAAGAUAUAGUUAAUCUAUUUAAUAAAAUUAAAGAAAUAAUUUUAUUUAAGGUAGAGAAAAUAAUUGUACGAAAAAAAGUAAUGCGAUAAUUCUAAUAUAGAAACGAAUUAUUAAUAUUUAUUUAAUAUUAAUUUAAUCUAAAUCAUAUAUUGUGCUUGCACAAUAUUCAUAAGGAAUAAAUGAAGAAAUAAAAAUUAUUUUUAACAAAAAAAUCAGAGAAAGAGUUAACUGAUAUUUUUAAAUAACUUUCAUUUCCUGGAAUAUUAAUGAAAAAAAUAUGUAAUAAUGUUACAUUUUUAUUCACUUACCAUGCAGCGUGUCACACUGUAUUAAUAUGAGAUAUAUUAUUUAAUAUUGGAUAAUGGCCAGCAUUGUUCCAUUAAUACAUAGAGAGUAAUGAUUUUUAUAUUAAAAUUAAAGAUUAAUUUUUUUAUUUAUAUAAUUGUGUUAUUUUUCAUCGCACUGUGUUUUCCAUUCAUUUAAUCUGUAUAGAAUAGUGAAUUAUUUGUCUCAACAAUAAAUUGGCACAACAAUAAACUUCGCUAAUAACUUUUUCUUCACAACAACUUCAUAAUUGAGUAUGAUAACUUUAAUGAUAUUACAACUGAGUUAUGAAAGUAAUAAUAUUUUCAUCCAACAAGAUUAUUACAGUUGAAUUUAAUAAUUCAUGUAUUAGAACAAUUAAUAAAUUUCAUUGUGGUUAAGUUCCAGUACUAUUUUCAUGAUGUGUGUUAUAUAUAUGUAAAUAUAGUAUCAAAAUCACCCUUGUAAGAUCAAAAUAUAUAUAAAUAGAAAAGUUGUUUGAACGUUAUGUCAUGUACAAUUACACGCAUAUAUAUAACUGUUUCGUGAUUUAUUUAAAAUAUCUUUUAUUUCAUUUAUUCUAUAUCUCAAUAAUGAAAAAACCAUAUUUCUUUUAUAAUAACUACAUCCCAGAGGUUCCAGAAGUAUACAUGCCUUUAUAUAUAAUAAUGCAGUUAUUUCAUGCUCAAAUCAUUGCUAUCUCUGUAUUUUCUGCUAAAGGCAGGAACUGCCUAUACAAUCUCAAAUUCUUUAUUUAACUUUGACAAAUCUCUGUAACAAAGAAAAAUUUAGAACGUAAUUGCACAGUACCUAUGUAUUGUAUAAUAUGAAAAAUAACAUAUAUAAUAUAUGUAUAUAUACAUAUAUGUAUAUAUAUAUAUGUAUAUAUACAUAUAUAUAUAUAUAUACAUAUAUAUAAUAAUACGAAAAAAAGUAAUAUUUAUAAUUAGUCUAUUAUUAAUGAGAAUCCUUUUAACAAUAUUAAAAAGAAUACCUAUUUUCUAUAGCUUCAUUCAAAUGAUAUUUGUGCAUCAAUGAUAAAACUAGCCUGAGAGUUGACCAUAUCGUGUUCGACAUUGCUUUAGGUGUUAUGUAUUCUCCUUGAAUUCCUCUACCAGCAGCUUGUUGAUUCAAAGCUGUUAGUAAAUGUUCUCCAGCUUCUCUAUAUAUACAUAUACAUAUACAUAUACAUAUACAUAUA